AAAAAAGAACCAGGACGGAUGAAGUUCCAGAAGGAGAAAAAAAAGGUGUUAUUAUUUGUCGUUAUUGUCUUCAAUCUUUUACACGAAGAAAUUGUUACCGAAAUCAUUUAACAAAACACAAUGAUAUAAUUUAUGUGGAAGAAAACCAACUUCAAGUGCUUUUGAAAGAAACUGAAGUUUUGACAGAUACUCAGCAUGUAAGAGAACAAACACCUUUAUCCAGCAUCUUUUGUAACGAUAUUAAUGAAGCCAAUGGAGAUAACAAUAGAACUAGUAAAACUAGCGAAAAUAAUAAAAUAAUUACUCUUAAACAUGUUCAACAAGAUUGGAACGAUACAGAGACAUUUGAGACGGAUAAAUUAUGGCAAAUUAAUAGUGAGGAAAAUUCUUCGAUAACGAUAAUUGAUAUGCGCUCUGCACAACGUUUAUAUGCAACUACUGCAUAUCGACCUCCAACGUUUCCACAUCUGGCAUAUGCACAGUUUAUGGAAAUAGUAAUGAAAUAUAAUCUUCCAAAUAGUGUAGGUAAUGAACUUAUCGGUUGGUUUAAUCAAUACAAAAUGGAUCUACACGUAGUUCUGCCCACCAAUAUGAAGCAAGGUCGCACAUUACUUGAUUCGAUAAAUAUUCCACACAUAUUAUAUACCAAGACAGUUAUCAAGUAUAAUGGCACUGAAUAUAGUUCGUAA